GAGCUGCAUGGUUACGCUUAUCCUUUUGCGAGCAACAAGACUUCUCCUCUUAUGAAGUUUCCACAGCAGUCAGGUCGGAUUGCUGCAAUGUGUGUUGACGAAACGCAUAACAUUGUGUUUAUUCGUUCCACAAAAGGCACUAUAUUUAUUUGUACUUUGGAUGAUGGCAAGAUUUCUGCUGAAAGACCGACUAGUUUGCUUGAUUUCUUCACUGACCAAAAUGAAGAAGGCGAAAUUGAGAACUGGUUGCUUAUUAGGCGCAGUGAGCUGGAAGAAGCCGGGGAAGAAGCCCAGAACCUGAAAUCAAGCUUGCAAGCUGAGCAAGAUGAGUCCCAGUAUAGGCAGCACAGGAUUCGGCAAGAUUGGGCUGCUAAGAUAAAAGAGAAGGAGAAAGAGCAUGCAAAAAGAGAGAGGGAGCUUGUAUUGGAAAUGCAAACUCUAAAGGAGAAACUGGAAGCUGCAGAGAAAAACUUGGAACAUACAACUCAAACGUUCUUGGAAUCCCAAAGCCAGGCAAUGGGAACCUUGUACGAGCAUUUUGAAGAAAAGUUUACCGGAGAAACAGCUAGAGCGGAACACUGGAGAACAAAAGCAGAGCAAGUGAAGGAGAGCUGCGUCAAAGAGAUAGAACACAAAGAGAAGGUGCACACUACGGAGGUGUUGGGCUUGCAAAGUCAGAUAGACAAAAUAGAAAGCCACUCUCGAACAAGGAUGCAGAAGUUGCAGGAAGACUGUGAGAGAGAGAUCAGGAAAUACAAGACGUAUAUGGACGAAGACCUCUUGAUUAACGACGAGGAGCUGGUGGUCGGGUUUUCACAGAUGAAGCAAGCAAUGCAGGCGCAGCAAAAACACAUUGAUGAUGCAAGAGCACAGAUGUUGUUGGAGAAGAAAGCUGCCACCUCGUAUCAGCUGCAAAUUACGGAACUGUCAACUCUCUGCACGGCACAAGAUUCAAACAUACGGCACCUCGAGAUUGAGAAGGCGAGGCUCGAGAACUUCGCUCUGGAAUUUGACUACAAGAAGCGGAUCCUGGAUAAACUAGUGGAGGAGGCUGAUGAGCACCGAAAGGCGUUGCUGCAUGCGACUAAAGAAAGAGAAACAUUGGCAGUACUGCAGCACUCCAAAAUCCAGCAGCUUGUUGAGCGUGAGAAGCCGCUUGUCGCUGAGCUUUCUCAAUACAAAUCUAAAAUUCAAGAGAUGCAAGCUCGUGAGUCGCUGGAUGUGAAACACAGGCUCGCACAAGAAGAGGCUGCCAGAUUGCUCACGGAGCGGAUACAAGAUCUGGAGCAACGUGUUUUCCGGCUUCUCCAUCAACUCGGGCAGAAAGAAGAGUAUCUAGACGCAUUCAAAGAAGCUUUGUGUGUCAUCGUUCACGACCACGAUCCAGGGGAAUGGCCUCCACUGACGAGAGGUUUGUUCCUGGCCUACGUUAAAGGAUCAGAAAGGGCAGCAGUGGCUGAAGGAUUGGAAUCCAGAUCCCAGAUCAUGAAGCAAAGGCAAAUUCUUGAAGACUUUGUUGUGGUCUUGAAGACCACUAUCGAUCGAACCAAAGACCGCUGCAAGGAGGAGAUGCAGCACUUCGUCAAGGAGAACCUCAACCUCCUGCGGGAUUUCUGCGAGGCCAACCGGAAUAGCAGGCGCAUGGCUUUCAUGGUCCAGAAGUUGCAACAACAAGUGGCGUACUUCAAAGGUAUUGUUUCGAUGCAAAAGAGGUCGCUAGCAAGGGCCCGGCAAAGCUCGUCUAGGCCAUCCACACCGGAAAAGAGACGCUCCAUCAUCACAGCCGAGCCGCGAAGAUCAUCAUCCUUCGUCACGAGUGGGAUCCAGCGUAGGAUAAGAUUGUCCCGCGAGUCGGAUGCGCUGCGGUUACCUGCGAGGCCUCCAACGCCAGUCUCGGAGAUACUCAAGCCUUACUCUCGCUUCUCCAUCGUCCAUGGAGACCAGGAUCACACACGGAGGAUGACAACGUCUCAGAUCGAGAAGCGGAUGAGCAAGCCCUGGGGAACGGCCGAGCCGGAGCGGAAGAGCAAUAGGAUCCAAGUUGAUGAUCUUCUGAGGCAGCUGGAGGAGACUAGAAGUGAGCUCGGGAAGAAGCAGGGAGAGAUCAACGUGCUCCAGGCUGCUCUAGCGGCGAAGCAAAGAUCCAGGCCGGGUACGUCACUGGGAUUUAACGCUAUGCAAAAGAAAGGUGGUGUUAUUGCUAGAGGGCGUCCAAAGUGACCCUUGUUCCUACAAUAAUAAUAGUUGUGAAUAUUUCAGACAAGAAAUGAAUAAAUGAAUAAAAUAAAAAAA